CCCCCUCACCUGAUCUCGUCUUUUCCUAUCUUUUAUUUUGCCCACUUUUUUUGUCCGAUUCCUGGAUGCUUCUGGACCAUGGGUUGAUGCCACUAUAGAUUCUCGUCCUCUUCCUGCUAAAUCAGGGAUAGGAAUCGAACUGCUGCUCUCGUGCCUUGCUAGAUUGCUCGGUGGAGGCACAUAGUACUAUUUAUAAGGUGUCGCCAUUAGCUGCGCCGGGGAGGCAAGAAAUGCGCUAGGGUUGCUUAGGGAGGAGGGGGGAGCGCGCCGAUGGCCGACGAGCAAUCGGCGCCGCCGGUGGUGGUGGCGAUGAAAGGCCACCCGGGGUCCGGCAAGUCCACGGCGGCGCGGGCCAUCGCCGCCGCGCUCCGCUGCCCACUCCUGGACAAGGACGACGUCAGGGACUGCACGCUGCCCCUCGAGGCCGCGGCUGCCCCCGGCGUGCUCAACGAGCUCUCCUACGCCGUGCUGUGGCGCGUGGCGGAGAAGCAGGUCCACCUCGGCCUAUCUGUUGUCAUCGACUCCCCACUGUCGCGGCGUGAUCACCUUGACGCCCUGACACGCAUACCCGGUGCGCUUGUGGUUAUCGUGGAAUGCCACCCUAGUGAUAAGGAAGAGUGGCGCCGGAGGCUGGAGAAGCGUGGGGCGGCAGUUGCCAACUGUGGUGGCGCUGGCGGUGAUGGAUGGCAUAAGCCCAAGACAUGGGCGGAGCUGGAAAGGCUUGUGGAAGGGUACCAAGGUUGCACGGAUUAUGAAAUUGGGGAUGUGCCGAGGAUUGUCGUCGAUACAACUGAUCCGACAGUUGACGCGGAGGCGAUUGCUGCAAAGGUUGUGGGUUUCAUUAAGUCUCAUCUUGCUUGUAGGCAAUAGUUCUACUGGCUGUUUGAUGUCGCCAACCAUUUUGUGAGAGACUGGAUUUACCUGUUAGCAGAAUGUACAUUAACGAGUAAAUUAAGCGCGAGGUAGAUUUUCAUAGCAAGAUGCUGAUAUGUUGUACUGUAAGAGUGUCCAAAGUUUUUAUGGUUUCAUUUUUAUUGUGCCUGCCCCAGCUUCCGUUGUGCAUAUCACAGUUAUUACCAUCUUCAUUUAAGGUUGUGACCUAGAGGCUUUGUAAAAUGAUGCACCAUUGGCUGGGGUUGUUCCUCAAGCUCUUCUCUUCACUACACCGCUCAUCUUCUAAUGAAUGAAUGUGACAUUUCA